GAGCCGAAGGACUUACUAGGUCAGAGGGAUCCCUGAAGCGGACAAGCAUGCCGGCAAAACCAGCACCGAUAAAGAAGUCGGCUAAGGCCGCGAAGAAGGAGGAGCCGGCACCGGCACCCGCACCUGAGCCCGAGCCCGCGCCAGCGCCUGAGCCCGCUCCAGCCGAACCCGCACCGGAGCCUGCGCCCGCCGAGCCCGCUUCAGCAGAAGCCGCCCCAGCUGAAGGAGCCCCGGCAGAGGCACCGGCUGAAGGAGCGCCCGCUGAAGCAGCAGCACCGGCAGAAGCCCCUCCUGCCGAAGCUCCACCAGCCGAACCCGUAGCUCCUCCUGCAGCUGAUGCUGAAGCUCCACCAGCCGAGGAAAUCAAAGCUCCUACACCACCACCACCUCCAGAGCCCACCAGCGAGCCCCUGGAGCUUGGCGUAGAGGACGUAAAUGACACCUCCGUCACCAUCUCAUGGAGACCUCCAGCAACCAUCGGAAACUCCGGCCUGGAUGGAUACGUUGUGGAGGUCUGCAAGGAAGGAACUGCUGACUGGAAAGCUGCUAACGAGGAGCUGACCGUGUCCUGCCGUUAUGUGAUUAAGAACCAGACCACCGGUGACCGUCUGAACAUCAGGGUCGUGGCCAUGAACCCCGGCGGCCGCAGCCCUCCUGCCACUCUGGCCGACACCGUCCUGGUCAGAGAGGUUGUGGAUCGCCCUAAAAUCCGUCUACCACGCUUCCUGAGGCAGCGCUAUGUGAAGAAGGUUGGAGAGAAGAUCAACCUUGUUAUUCCCUUCGGCGGAAAACCCCAGCCUGUUGUGUCAUGGACAAAGGAUGGCCAGCCUAUUGACACUAAAAAGGUGAACAUCCGCAACAGCGACAAGGACAGCAUUUUCUUCAUCCGUGCCGCUGAGAGAGUCGACUCCGGAGUGUAUGAGAUGUGUGUGAAAGUGGACAGCUUUGAGGACAAGGCCCAGCUAACUCUGCAGAUUAUCGAGCUGCCUGGACCUCCUGCCUCCGUGAAGAUCGUGGACACCUGGGGAUUUAAUGUUGCUCUGGAAUGGACCGAACCCAAGGACAAUGGAAACACAACAAUCACUGGAUACACCAUCCAGAAGGCCGACAAAAAGACAGGGGACUGGUUCACAGUACUGGAGCAUUAUCACAGACUGAAUGCCACCAUUUCAGACCUGAUCAUGGGAAACACCUACAUCUUCAGGGUCUUCACUGAGAACAAGUGUGGAAUCAGCCAAGAAGCCACCACUACAAAGACCUCAGCAACCAUCCAGAAGACAGGCAUCGACUACAAGCCUCCAGUGUACAAGGAGCACGAUUUCAGCGAGGCCCCCAAAUUCACCACCCCCAUGCAGGACCGCAGCACUACUGUCGGAUACAACACCAAGCUGCUUUGCGCCGUCAGGGGAUUCCCUAAGCCCAAGAUCGAGUGGUUGAAGAAUCAGAUGAUUAUUGGUGACGACCCCAAGUUCAGGCAGAUCAACAACCAGGGCAUCUGCUCUCUAGAGAUCCGCAAACCUGGCAACUUUGACGGCGGCGUCUACAGCUGCAGGGCCAAGAAUGAGCACGGAGAGGCUGUGGUCACCUGUAAACUGGAGGUCAAACAGCCUGUGAUUGCUGAUGCUGAUAAGAAAUAAGUUGGACACCCACAUUCAUGCAGUCCCAAAUAAGGAGCAGAAACAUGUGGGAUCCUCGCAAAAGAUAUAUAUAUAUAUAUAUAUAUAUAUAUGCU